AUGACUUCCCAGCCUCACCCUGCUCUCAUCUUCGGCGGCGCCUCCAUUGGCAGCGCCUACACGACGCCCGAGGCCGUUGCAGACCUGCUCGCCACGCUGAAGUCGCUUGGCAUCCAAAGGAUUGACACGGCCGCCCGCUAUCCCCCCACCAGCCCGGGAACCUCAGAGAGGCUUCUGGGCGAGGCUGCAGCCGCUCGCCAGGGCUUCACCAUUGACACCAAAGUCCUGGCUUCUGGCGACGGCUCUGGCAACCUAACGCCCGCGGCCAUCGAUGACUCGGUCCAGCAGAGCUACAGCCGCCUGCAGAUGGGAGAUGCGAAGUUCAACAUCUUGUACUGCCACAUGCCCGAUCCCCAGACGCCGCUGGAAGACCAGGCUGCCGGACUGAAUGACCAGCACCGGAAGGGCCACUUCAAACAUCUCGGAGUCUCCAACUUCUCACCUGAGAUGCUAUCCGAGUUCAUCGAGAUCUGCGACCGUAAGGGCUACGUCAAACCAAGCGUAUACCAGGGCCAGUACAACCUCGUCUGUCGCGGUAUCGAGGACACGCUGUUCCCGACGCUUCGGAAGCAUGGCAUUGCUUUUAAUGCCUUCAGCCCUCUCGCCGGCGGCUUCCUCACCGGCCGGCUGACGGCCAACGAGACAGAAGGCACCCGCUUCGCCGAGGGCGACGCCAUGGGCAACUUCUUCAAGGCGCAGUACGACAAGAAGGAGAUGCACGAUGCCAUUGCGAGCCUCAACAGCAUCAUCGAGGCCCUCGGCAUUUCCAAAAUCGAGGCCAGCCUGCGCUGGAUCUUCUACCACUCGGCUCUCGGUGCGAGUGACGGCGUGAUCCUCGGUGCGAGCAAGCCGGCGCAGCUUGAUUCGAACGUCAGUGCCGUGAAGAAGGGGCCGCUGCCCGAAAAGGUCGUCUCCGCCAUGGACGCCAUCUGGCGAUCCAUCUCGGGCAAGUCUGAGUAA